AUGGGGGUUGCGGGCCUCUGGGAUAUUCUCAAACCAGCCGGAAAAGUACGCUCGCUGACAGAUCUUGCCAUUCAAGAAGGUUUCAAAGCCAACCCGGACGGAAAGCGUGGAUUCAGGUUGGGUAUCGACGCUAGCAUUUGGUUCUUCCACGCAGAGUAUGGGCGAGAAGGCGAGAACCCCGUCCUGAGGACCCUCUUCUUUCGCUGUGCCACCCUGAUGAAGACGACGUUUCUCCCAAUUUUUGUUUUCGAUGGGCCGAAGCGACCGGAUAUCAAGAGAGGCAAGAAAAUCAACAGGACGAGCCACAAGCUUAUUCCGGGCAUGAAACAGAUUGUGGAGGCUUUUGGAUUUGAGUGGCGUAUGGCUCCUGGCGAAGCCGAGGCUGAACUGGCGUAUCUAAAUCGCAUUGGCAUCAUUGACGGUAUCCUCUCUGACGAUGUGGACAAUUUUCUGUUCGGUGCCGCCACUGUCAUUCGAAACUCAAGCAACACCCUCUCUGGAAACCGCGCGAAUCCUAUUCUGAACUCUGUGGGCAAGGAUGACAAGAACCACACUCGCAUCUUUCGCAUGGAAGAUAUUACCAACCACCCAAACGUUCGGCUGACACGCGGCGGUGUGAUUCUCAUUGGACUCAUGAGCGGUGGAGACUACCAACAAGGCGGUCUCAUGCGUUUUGGCAUCACAACAGCGCACGGUCUAGCGAAGUGCGGGUUCGGCGACUCGCUCUUCGAGGCCGCGAUGAACCUCGACCGAGAGUGCCUCGAAGACUUUCUCGUGGCUUGGAGACAUGAGGUCCGCCAGGAGUUGCGUACCAAUUCCAAGAACGAGAUAGGACGUAAGCAAUCGGCCCUUGCUAAAUCCAUUCCAGAGGACUUCCCAGACAUCGAUAUCUUGCUCUCCUAUGUGAGGCCUAUCACGUCGGAGAGCAUGGGUCGGGAAAAUAAUAACAUCAAGUUAACAUGGAGCAAGGAACCAGACCUCGCCAAGUUGGCUGCGACGUGCGAGUUCUACUUCGAGUGGGGAUACAAGGAAGCCAUUAUCAAGAGGUUUAGGACGGUCAUAUGGCCCUCGAUUGUUCUGAGAAUUCUCCGGAGAGCAGUGCUAGACCGUGACGAAGGGAUUACACCCAACAGAAAUCAAAGUGCGACCACGAACCCACCCACCACGCCUAGGAAGAAAGGCAAGGAACAAGAAGAAUGUGGUACACCCUCCAAGAUGAUCACGAAACACUUCUCGUCUUUGGGCCUCGCUACACCAAGUAAGGUUUACAUCUCUGGUUCAGAGUCGGAGGACGAGGACGAGGAGACGGAGAAUCUCAUCCUGAAGAUCCAUUCGGCACGCGAACAUCCUUCAACUGAUGGCCUACUCGAGUACCGCCUCGAGAUCGCGCCGAAGCAGCUUGUGCGUCUAGCAGAGCUAGGUAUCCAGGGUUUGCGUGCACCAGAAGGCCCGGACGAGUGGGCUUCAGAUGACGGCGAAGAUGACGGAGACGAUGAAGAAGGAGGGAAGAAGAAGGGCAAGAAGCCCCCUGUGGACCCAGAAGAACAUUUGAGACUGUGGAUGCCGGCGUGUAUGGUCCAUAUCGUCGAGCCGCGCCUUGUGAAGGAGUAUGAAGACGCGGAGGAGGCCAAGGUAGCGAAAAAGGCCAAGAAGGGGACGAGGGCUGCCGCGAACAAAGGACAAGACAAGGGUAAAAAGAAGGCCCCUGCCGGGAAGAAGGCACCUCCGAAAAUCAAGACGAAGACGCCAGUCGUCGUUGAGGACGAGGAAGACGUAUUUUCUGCGCCAGUCGCUGAGAGACCUAAAGCGAAGAAGACAGCGACCAAGGCAAAGGCAAAGACCAUAGUGAAAGAGCCUGAGUACCCGCCACUGUACGAUGAAGAUGAAGAACAAAACCACGACAGUUUUUUUGGGCAGCCAAUCAAGCCACCAGCUCCAGCAAAGAAGGCGAUAAGUUCGUUGUUCCAGGACCUUCCGGAAUUGUCUGAUGAUGAGAUGCCGGAGAGCAUCCUCGACCUUGGCCGACCUCGAAAACCCGUGCACCUGAAGCCAACCCAGCCGGCCUAUGAAGAAGUGGAAGACUCCUCGGAAGAUAAUCCACCGCCUGUUCAAUCACGACCUCCUGGUCCACAGAUGCGCGAAAUCCAGCAAGUGCCUCCGAAUUCGAUCAGCUCUCCAGGGCCCAAACCACGAACAGGUAUCAAGGAUCUUACCAAGAGGAAGACAGCCUCGAUGGCGGCGACAACUGGGCUGAAGUCGUUUUUUUCUGUCGCACAUUCCUCUGCAGUCUUUAACGACAAGCAGACAAAACUUACCGCACGAUCUGUAUCUGUAUCUCAGGCAACUCAUAUUCCAACAUCUCAGGAGGCUAGCAGUCGCAGCUCGUCUUCGUCCUCGUCAUCGAAGAAUAACAGGCAUGCAGGGUCUUCGAAUUCAGCAUGGUCAGGAUCGACUACCCUGGCGCCUGUCUCAGACGACGAAGAGUACGACAUAGGCCUAUGGGACAAGAACGGCAAGGUCGCUCCUUCUGUUACCCUCUCACCCUCUAAGCGGAGGGCGCGCAAUGGCUCAUUCUCAGGCUCAGAGCUCAAGAAAUCCCCAAGAAAGAAAGCGUCACAAACCUCGCCCCAGGGCAAUCGACGGCCAGUGUCACCUAUUCAGUUCAUGACUACCAAGAAGUUCAACAAAGUGAUCGAGAUUUCGACGGAUUCUGACGAUGAUUCGGACGACUCGCCACCCAGUAGAAUCGUGCCGGCGAAAUCACUUCCACCCCUUCUCGCUGCCCGAGCCCGAGCUGCCUCAUCACAACGAAGCGCAUCUACAGCAGCGAAAUCUCCGAUUGCUUAUAUACCUGCAGAUAUCAUUGAUCUUACAUGA